CUGUGAUUGCUUUCAGGGUAAAAGGAUCUCCCUGUUUUGCAAUCUAAUGUUUAAACUGGCUUGUGGCCUUGCCAUUGAGUGGGUUAGAGUGUGGUUAAUGAUUGUGCAGGAGAGAACAAGGGUCUUCGAGAGGGAUGAAAUAAAAACAAGUUUCUUCGCAGAAACAGACGAUAGGCCUUUGGAACGCUAGCUGGUAGGAAAAGUGGAUGUGAGGAGUGGGGACAGUGAUUUGAGAAAACCAGUUCAAUAUCAAGAAGCUCAGAUAUGAUCGGAAAUACUUGGAGCUAUAUUCUUUAUUUAUAUGGACUUGUUAUUGACUCACUGAUUGUCUGUGAUAAUAGUGAUCGACUGUCGGCAUCAAGCGUCAACAGGACGGAGGUAAUCACCUAGGAUCUAGACAGUUAAUGCUGCAAGGGAUGGAAUCUAUCAGAGGGCUUAUGUGUCCAACAGUGGUGCAUUGAUAGUGAAUGUGGUAGGCGGUGCAUAGAUAGUAAAUGUGGUAGAACAUGUGUGCAGCUCUAGAACAGAGUAGGGUAUACAGGUAUAUUCAGUGUAGGGUAGGCAGGAUCAUAGGGCUAGUGUAGAAUGUGGCAUUACUGCAGAGCUGGUGCACAGUGUGCUAGGAAGAAGUGCAAGGCUAGUGCACAGUGUGCUGGGAAGUAGUGCAAGGCUAGUGUGCAGUGUGCUAGGAAGUAGUGCAAGUCUAGUGCACAGUGAUCUAGGAAGUAGUGCAAGGCUAGUGCGCAGUGUGCUGGGAAGUAGUGCAAGGCCAGUGCACCGUGUUCUAGGAAGUAGUGCAAGGCUACUGCACAGUGUUCUAGGAAGUAGUGCAAGGCCAGUGCACAGUGUUCUAGGAAGUAGUGCAAGGCUAGUGCACAGUGUUCUAGGAAGUAGUGCAGGGCCAGUGUACAGUGUGCUGGGAAGUAGUGCAAGGCCAGUGCACAGUGUUCUAGGAAGUAGUGCAGGGCCAGUGUACAGUGUGCUGGGAAGUAGUGCAAGGCUAGUGCACAGUGUUCUAGGAAGUAGUGCAGGGCCAGUGUACAGUGUGCUGGGAAGUAGUGCAAGGCCAGUGCACAGUGUUCUAGGAAGUAGUGCAGGGCCAUUGUACAGUGCGCUGGGAAGUAGUGCAAGGCCAGUGCACAGUGUUCUAGGAAGUAGUGCAAGGCCAGUGCACAGGCUGUGCAGGGUUAGUGCAGAGUAUGGUAGACUGUGGUGCAGGGCUAGUGCAGAGUAUGGUAGACUGUCGUGCAGGGCUAGUGCAGAGUAUAGUAGACUGUCGUGCAGGGCUAGUGCAGAGUAUAGCAGACUGUGGUGCAGGGCUAGUGCAGAGUAUGGUAGACUGUGGUGCAGGGCUAGUGCAGAUUGUAGAUGUUGGUGGUGCGAGAUAGAGAGUAAGGUACACACAGGGUCAUGGACAGUACAGAAUGUACUAGAUUCUGAUGUAAGAAGGAUAAUUAGUUGGAGAUUUAUUUCAGAAGGUGUGAGACAGGCUAUACAGGACUGUUACCAGCAAUAUGUAGGUCAAUGUAUUUAUAUAACAGAUCUGAAUGUUGUAUAAUUAUAAUUAUAUGUAAAUAUAAUAUUAGAAACCCUUUAAUAAAACCCUGCUAGUUCCCCUUGCAGUAUAUGGGACAAUGGUAUUUCCUGGCAGCGGCUGCCCCCUCGGAGUCAAGGGCUCUGGAAACCUUCAAGGUGAUGGACAAUGCGGAGUUCAGGGUCCAAGCAAGCACAGAGCAGGAGAAGCUGGUGUUCAUAGCGACCGUCAGAGUGUGAGACGGAACUUUCUUUCACUUCUCACUUUCCUAACUUCUACUCUCCUUCUCCUGUCUUUUUUGUUUAUUCUUCAUUUUCCUCACCUCAAUCGCUGCUCUUCCCCUUAUUUCCUCUUCCGCUCCUUACCUCUUCUAUUCUUCUUCUUCUCCUUUCCCUCUUCAUCUUCUUUGUCUCCUCCUCCUCUCCCUCUCCACCCUUCCCCCUCCUCCGGGCAAUGCCUUUUUCUGAUGUAGGCCUUUAUCUAAUAUCAUCAGAUAAACACUUACUAUGAUUUUUUUUUUUUUUUUGUAUGAUUGAUUUUUAUAUGAUAUGUUUUAAAAAUGUUAACAUUUUGAAAAAAAAAUCAUUAUCAAAGUUUAUCCAAAAAUAUUAAACCAUGUGAAAAUCCUAUCCAAAAAUAAUAAACAAUGUGAAAAUCCUAUCCAAAAAUAUUAAAUUGAAGCCUCUGUAAGUAUUCAUUUCUCCAACUCUCUAAAAGAGUUUGUAAUCUCUUUUUCAUCCCUAUAUCUCUCCUUCCCAACAUACUUUCUCUUUUGUCAACUGUUCAUAGCAUCCUUCUAUUCUGUUCUUCGUACACGUCAUUUCUCUAUCUGACCCCUUCUCUCUCUCUCUUUGUGUCUCAACAUCACCCUCUGUCUCUUGCAUCUAUUCUUCCUUCGACACCCUUGUUUUCCUUUGUUCCUCAAAUUCCACUAAAUUUUUUUGUUGUUUCUCUGUCUUAUCCCUUUCUCUUCUUUUCCGUAUCAUCUUCCUUCUUUUUUUCAUUUCAUGCCUUCCUUCCUCUAACCUUAUUCCUCUCUCAUUAUUGUUGUUCUUCUCAAUUGUACUUGUUUUCUCUCAAGCACAUUCAUUCACCCUACUAACUUUCUUUUCAUCUGCACCGGGGCCUGGUGGUUUCUAGUUACGCCUCUGUUCCCGUGCAAUCAAAAGACAAAGUAGGAAUUAUUUUGUCUUAUAUACACAAAGUGUGCCAAAAGACAGAAGAACGCAAUAUCUCUACUUCCCAACAUGCUUUUUGUUUUGUCAACUCUUUGUGUCCCCAAUAUUCCCAAUAACCACGUUCUUGAGCUAUUUGACGCUCCCUUUUUUCUUGAAGUAAAGAUGGCUCGUGUGUUCCUCGGAAGUGGAUUUACAUCCUUACUGAUGGAAGCACUGAACUGCGCACUGAGGGUAAGGUGACGACAAGGAGAGGCGCUACUGUGUGAGAUAAGCAACUAUAGUGAUAUGAUUUAUUUUCUUAUUUGUAUACAGGGCACCCAGACAGAACCACCGAGUUAUUCUCAUCUAAAUGCUCAAAGUGUGUCAUCCUGAAAGAGACAGAAAAUAACAUUUCCAGGCUCCUUCUCUACUGUAUGUAAUCGGUGGACAGGGAUGGUGGGAGGUCUUGCAAUAGAAAUAUUUUUUGUUUAUUUUUUUAAUUCUUUUGGAGGAAAAAAAAAUAACACAACUGUGCGUGAUUUUCCCCCAAAAAUUAUGGAUCCGGAACUUUUUGAAUUAAGAUCAGGUGAUUUUUCUGGUGAAAACGUGCGUAUACAGAAGCUCCUACAAUAAUAUAUAAUCUGGAGCAUAAUCUCUGCAAUGUGUCUGUUGACAAGUUCAGUCAAUGUCGGCAGUAGUGUGCAGAGAACAGAAAGCGGGGAAGUGGGCAGCCUUAUUUUAUACAAAUGUUAAAAAAAAACUAAAUGGGAUAGGAUACAACAUUUUUUUAUUAGGAGAGAGAGAAAAUUAUUUGUGUCUCGGCUUUGGGUUAUUUUCACGCACUAAUUCUCAAAUAGUGAAACAAAUUGUCAUUAUGAUCCAACUGGCACCUCACCUCAUGGCGUGUGUUUACGUCUACGUCACUGCGUAUAAGUUAUGUGUUAAUGGCUUUGUUCCUUCAUUCCCUCUCUUCCCUAUUAUUUUAAAAAUUCUCAUCUCCUUCAUAUAACCAUUACUCCAUCUUCCUUUGUGUUUCAUGACACCUCAUUGGUUCUCUCUCUUUCCAUUCCCUCAGCUCGCUCACCCCAGCUAGAAGAAGAAUUUAUAGAGGAGUUUAAAGAGAAGGCCUCAUGUGAAGGAUACAAAGAGAUAUUGGAGAUUCCACAGACACUAGGUAAUGGAUAAACAUGUAACAUGGUGCUGGGGUGUCAUGAAUGGGGAGACUGGUAUUUCUGUGAUAUGAACCCAUAUCAUUGUAUAAUAGUGUUUUAUUGUGAGACGGGCAUUGCCAAGGGUUACAAUGUAUACAGCACACAUUACAUAAUAAAGCAAUGUAUACUACUGAUCCCAUACUGGGUUUAUGGAUAUGUCCUAGGCCAGGAAUAGGCAACCUUCGGCACUCCAGAUGUUGUGGACUACAUCCUCCAUAAUGUUCUUACACCCAUAAUGCUGGCAAAGCAUCAUGGGAGGUGUAGUCCAGGGCCGGACUGGCCCACGGGAUACCGGGAAAUUUCCCGGUGGGCCGUCGGCACCUGGGGCCGGGCAGACAGCCGGCUCACCUGCGGCCGCAGGGGGAGCUUUUCUAGCGGCCGCAGGGGGAGCUGGCUGUUCUGUCUCCGCUCCCCCUCCCCAGCGCGCUAGAAAGAGACCGGGGCCGGAAUAUGACGUCAUAUUCCGGCCCCAGUCUCAGUAAGCAGUGCGCUGGGGAGGGGGAGCGGAGACAGAACAGCCAGCUCCCCCUGCGGCCGCUAGAAGAGCUCCCCACAGCCCCAGGUAGACAUUGUGUGUGUCACUGUGUGUGUCUGUGUGUCUCUGUCUGUCAUGGUGUGUGCAUCUGUGUCAUGCAAUGUGUGUCUGUGUCAUGGUGUGUGUGUCUCUGACUGUCAUGGUGUGUGCGUCUGUCUGUGUCACGGUCUGUCUGUGUCAUGGUGUGUGUGUGUGUUUGUCAUGGUGUGUGUCUGUCUCUGUCAUGUAAUGUGUGUCUGUGUCACGAUCUCUCAGUGUCUGUCUGUGUCGUGUAUGUGUCUGUGUCAAGGUCUGUGUUAUGGUGUGUGUCUUUUUUAAGGUGUGUCUGUCAUGGUAUGUGUGUGUCUCUGUCAUGGUGUGUGUGUGUCUGUCUGUGUCAUGGUGUGUCUGUCUGUCAUGGUGUGUCUGUGUUUCUGUUUGUGUCACGGUGUGUGUCUGUCAUGGUAUGUGUGUGUGUAUGUGUGUUUUUACUCACCUUUUUUUUUUUUUUUUCCACGUCGUGCUGGUCUCCCCUCAACUGGCCCUGCCUCUACGGCUGAGAUCAUCAAGCUUGAUGAUCUCAGCCAAUCCGCACUGACACAGGAAGCACCUCUAGUGACCGUCUGAGUGUCUGUCAGUAGGAAGCAAUGUAAACACUGCCUUUUCUCUAAAAAGUCAGUGUUUAAAUUGAAAAGCCUGCAGGGACAGGCUGUAGACACCAGAGCCACUACAUUAAGCUGUGUGUGUGUGUGUGCGCGCCUGCUAGUGAGUGGGCUUGCUUGUGUGUGUGUGUGCCUGCUACUGAGUGAGCUUGUGUUUUUAUUUUAAUGACCUUAUGUAUAUCAGUGAGAUUGUUUGUCUAUGAGGCUGUGUAUCAAUCAGCUUGUGUCAGUGAGAUUGUCUGUGUCUGCAUGUGAGUAUGCUUACUGUAUAAUUAAAGAUUUUACUCUGAAAGAACCAAUAUUUUAUAUUGGAAAAAGAUAUAUAUAUAUAUAUAUCAAUCAUCUAGGGUGGCAAGACAUAGCCUUACAUAUUACAUGCGACAAUAUAUGGCGCAAUGACUUAUGGGGCUGGCAUAGAUUUUUUUUUCCAGGGCUGCUUUGGAAUCCCCAGUCCGGCCCUGGUGUAGUCCAAAACAUCUGGAGUGCCGAACAUCUGGGUUUAUGGAUAUGUCCUAGGCCAGGAAUAGGCAACCUUCGGCACUCCAGAUGUUGUGGACUACAUCCUCCAUAAUGCUCUUACACCCAUAAUGCUGGCAAAGCAUCAUGGGAGGUGUAGUCCAAAACAUCUGGAGUGCCGAAGGUUGGCUAUGGCAUGGUGGACAAAACUUUAACUGUUUCAUGGUUUGUAGACGUCCAUCCAUCAGACCGGUGAGCAGUAUCUAUGCAGCAGCACACCGAGUAUGACUAUAAUAAAAACUAACCUAUCUCACCCUGUUCUUUUAGUGAAUAAGUAGGGGUUCAUAUAUUUGUGUGUGUUGGGACUAUCUGAAUCUGAUAAUAUCCAGUGUAGAGAAUCGAGGCUUGCUCUGUUGAUAACUAUAUAGACAGCUAACUUUGUCUUUCUAAUCUAUGCAAAUAGCUAACAAUAAGUGAAGAAAGGGCGAUCCUAUAAAUAAUUAAUAUGAUUAUGAUCUGCACAAACACUCGAGUGUCACCCCCUCGCAAAUCAAACUCAUAAACGUGAAACAAAAGUGUCAAACUGGAGGUGUGCUCAGAGUGAAAAAAGGGUAUAAAUACGUAUCAUAAAAUAAUAUAAUAUUGUAUAAUAUUACAGUGCAAUCUGUGGAGUAUCCAAAAAUAGGUAUAUACAGAAAUGCAAUUAUAGGGCAGAUUAAAUGAAAAGGAAUAGAUGCUUUGGCCACUUACAAACAGUAGAUCCCAAACUCUAUACACAGUGCAACCCAUACCACCUCUCUCGGUACCAACUAUCCGUACCACCCCUCUCUGUACCAACCAUCCGUACCACCUCUCUCUGUACCAACAAUCCGUACCACCUCUCUCUGUACCAACAAUGCAUACCACCUCUCUCAGUACCAACUAUCCGUACCACCUCUCUCAGUACCAACCAUCCGUACCACCUCUCUCUGUACCAACCAUCCGUACCACCUCUCUCUGUACCAACAAUCCAUACCACCUCUCUCAGUACCAACUAUCCGUACCACCUCUCUCUGUACCAAGCAUCCAUACCACCUCUCUCUGUACCAACAAUCCGUACCACCCCUCUCUGUACCAACCAUCCGUACCACCUCUCUCUGUACCAACUAUCCGUACUACCUCUCUCUGUACCAACCAUCCAUACCACCUCUCUCUGUACCACCUCUCUCUGUACCAACCAUCCAUACCACCUCUCUCUGUACCAACCAUCCGUACCACCUCUCUCUGUACCAACAAUCCGUACCACCUCUCUCUGUACCAACCAUCCGUACCACCUCUCUCUGUACCAACCAUCCGUACCACCUCUCUCUGUACCAACCAUCCAUACCACCUCUCUCUGUACCAACCAUCCGUACCACCUCUCUCUGUACCAACCAUCCAUACCACCUCUCUCUGUACCAACCAUCCAUACCACCUCUCUCUGUACCAACAAUCCAUACAACCUCUCUCUGUACCAACCAUCCGUACCACCUCUCUCUGUACCAACUAUCCGUACCACCUCUCUCUGUACCAAUCAUCCAUACCACCCCUCUCUGUACCAACCAUCCGUACCACCUCUCUCUGUACCAAUCAUCCAUACCACCCCUCUCUGUACCAACUAUCCGUACCAACUCUCUCUGUACCAACAAGCCGUACCACCUCUCUCUGUACCAACCAUCCGUACCACCUCUCUCUGUACCAACCAUCCGUACCACCUCUCUCUGUACCAACAAUCCGUACCACCUCUCUUACAGUUGGUACAGAGUACUGCGUAUAGAGCAUAGAUUGGGCUCUACUGUUUGUAAGUGGCAAAUUAUUUACCCUUUUCCAUUUAUUUGUCUUGUCUAAUCUACUGCCCAGGAGCAGAGUAAGCCCCGUUCCUAUGUUUUGAGGAAUGAUUGAACAUUGUGUGUUUGAAGCAAUAGAACAAGCAGCAGUAAUCAUAGUAUGUAGAAAUCAUAUGAUGCAGGAUUCCUCAGUGAUAAAUAACAUGAUUUUUGGCCUGCAGCAUGGAAUCCUAUAUACCGCAGAGCCGUACUGCUCGUCAAUGUGUUUACUUGAUAUGUGUCCAGGAAACAUGGUGGGUCUGGCAGUUCUAGCCUGUAGGAGGGUCUAAAUUAAAGUCCCCAUCUUUUAUAAGCAGAAGAAGGGUCCAUAUUAUUAUUAUUUCCGAAAUGUAUCCUAACAAUGAUUAAAGAAAAAAAGAUUGAGUAGUGAAACGAUUCUCCAUUACAACUCUUUUAUUAAUGCCUCUAACCUUGAUACCAUAAUAUGAACCCAAUUAUGGAACAUUAAUUGGUUAAUUCUAUAUCCAUAGUGUUUUAUCUUGGCUUAUGGUUAUAAUAGGCUAAGUGACAGUUUGCCCUAUGAGUGAUACCAGCCAGGUGCCAGUUCUAGUCUCGGUGUGUGCAGGAAGGCAGGUCUUAGUUCUGUGUUCUUGGAGACUCAAACGUCAUGCCAUCUUGAUUAAUGUCAAUGGAAUUAAAAAGCCAGAGGCUGUGAUUUAGCAGUGACUAAGCAGGAGUGUCUGUGUGUUGUGGCAUGUUCGGAGUGUUCAGAACUGGUUUGAGAAUCACAUGGUUUAAAAUAAAAUGUGACUCUGCACUUUAGAUUAAUGUGCUGCCCACGUGACCCCGGGGCAGGGCCUGCACCAUCAAUGAUACAGAUAAAAUCUCAAUAUGCAACUCAUGAAGAAUGAAAAUUUAGAAAAUAUAAAUACACAAAAAUAAGUCUUGCGCUCAAACUCCCACUACUCUUGGGCAGCAGCAACGAUCAUAGUACAUAUCAGUCCCAAUACAUAAACUUUGCCAGAAGCUCAAGAAAGCAAGGUGACUAGUCAGUGUAGGACCCACCUGAGAGGUUUGCCUUGACGUGGCAGGUGGGCAUUCCCUGCAAUGGCCAUUGGAGCAACUAAAUAACCUCCAUUUGAUUAAACAUGCAUAGGGAUUUAGGAAGAGCGCAGGUAACGUUUUGUCUUAGAUAGAAAAUAUAUCUGCCCAGCAAUGCCCAUUGUGUAAAUAAAGCUUUUAAUAUAACUGUGCAGUGGUGAGAGGCAACUGGCUCCAACGCAGGCCGAAUGGCAUGUUGAUAAGCAUUGGGCUGGCCUGGCUGCCCUGCAGUUUCUGCUGUACAUACAUGUUCUAAUGUAAUAAUAUGUGUAGAUAGGUAUAGUGAGCUGCCAGGCAGUCUGUAAUGUACAUACCUUGUAUACUGCCACACAGUCUGUAAUGUACAUACCUUGUAUACUGCCACACAGUCUGUAAUGUACAUACCUUGUAUACUGUCACACAGUCUGUAGUGUACAUACUUUGUAUACUGUCACAUAGUCUACAGAGUACAUACUUUGUAUACUGUCGCACAGUCUGCAGUGUACAUAUUUUGUAUAUUGUCACAUAGUCUGCAGUGUACAUACUUUGUAUACUGUCGCACAGUCUGCAGUGUACAUAUUUUGUAUAUUGUCACAUAGUCUGCAGUGUACAUAUUUUGUAUACUGCCACACAGUCUGUAGAGUACAUACUUUGUAUACUGUCACACAGUCUGCAGUGUACAUACUUUGUAUACUGCCACACAGUCUGUAGUGUACAUACUUUGUAUACUGUCACACAGUCUGCAGUGUACAUACUUUGUAUACUGCCACACAGUCUGCAGUGUACAUACUUUGUAUACUGUCACAUAGUCUGCAGUGUACAUACUUUGUAAACUGUCACACAGUCUGUAGUGUACAUUCUUUGUAUAUUGUCACACAGUCUGUAGUGUACAUACUUUGUAUACUGUCGCACAGUCUGCAGUGUACAUAUUUUGUAUAUUGUCACAUAGUCUGCAGUGUACAUACUUUGUAUAUUGUCACACAGUCUGCAAUGUACAUACUUUGUAAACUGUCACACAGUCUGUAGUGUACAUUCUUUGUAUAUUGUCACAUAGUCUGUAGUGUACAUACUUUGUAUAUUGUCACACAGUCUGCAGUGUACAUACUUUGUAUACUGCCACACAGUCUGUAGUGUACAUACUUUGUAUACUGUCACACAGUCUGUAGUGUACAUACUUUGUAUACUGUCACACAGUCUGCAGUGUACAUACUUUGUAUACUGUCACAUAAUCUGCAGUGUACAUACUUUGUAUACUGCCACACAGUCUGCAGUGUACCUACUUUGUAUACUGUCACACAGUCUGUAGUGUACAUACUUUGUAUACUGUCACACAGUCUGCAGUGUACAUACUUUGUAUACUGUCACAUAGUCUGCAGUGUACAUACUUUGUAAACUGUCACACAGUCUGUAGUGUACAUACUUUGUAUAUUGUCACACAGUCUGCAGUGUACCUACUUUGGAUAUUGUCACAUAGUCGGUAGUGUACAUACUUUGUAUACUGCCACACAGUCUGUAGUGUACAUACUUUGUAUAUUGUCACACAGUCUGCAGUGUACAUACUUUGUAUAUUGUCACAUAGUCUGUAGUGUACAUACUUUGUAUACUGCCACACAGUCUGCAGUGUACAUACUUUGUAUAUUGUCACACAGUCUGCAGUGUACAUACUUUGUAUACUGCCACACAGUCUGCAGUGUACAUACUUUGUAUAUUGUCAUACAGUCUGCAGUGUACAUGUGUGUUAUAAUGUAAUAUAAUGCAUGUAUGGGGGCAUUGAGCUGGCUAUUAUGUGAUAUGGUCAGUAAGUAUAUCAAAUUGUAUAUGUGUCAAUGUGGCCAUUGGAUAGCAUACCUCCCAACAUUUCAUAUUGAUAAGAUGGACACUUUAAUGCUAAUGGUGUGAUUGCGGGAAUGGCUGUUCUGAGAAAUUUUAGGUGACUUACCAAUAAAAAUGUAUAGAACUAAAAUGUAAUUUAGAACAAGAACAAUUUAUCUUAUUUACACAGACUGAUUUCCUAACAUAGUUAGCCCAAGCUGUACACACCUUUUAUAUUAUACUAGUCCCUAGGAUUUGUAACUGCUGAGAAAAUACCUGUAAUAUCUGUAUGCAAAAUACAAUCCUUCACAAUUUCCAACACCCUCAAAUGAUUACCACCUUACAAUCCCAUCUCUCCAAAGAAUCUUCCCUCAAACGCGGAUCUUUAUCUCCAUGUAAUUUCUUAUUCCCAGUAUCUUUAAUCCUCAAACACCCUCUAGAUUGUAAGAUCACAAGACCAGGCCUGAUUACUUUAUUGUCUUGUAUUUCAUGUUUUCUCUACGGCACUGUCUUUUAUAAACUUGAGUCUUACAAUUGCUAGAACUGUAUAGAGAAAUGUAAUGCGUUUUGGUACUCUCCUCUACUACCAUAUGGCUGUAAUAUACCUUGGUACUCUCCUGUACUACGCCAUGGCUGUAACAUACCCUGGUACUCUCCUGUACUACGCUAUGGCUCUAAUAUACCUUGGUACUCUCCUGUACUACGCUAUGGCUGUAACAUACCCUGGUACUCUCCUGUACUACGCUAUGACUGUAACAUACCCUGGUACUCUCCCGUACUACGCCAUGGCUGUAACAUACCCGGGUACUCUCCCGUACUACGCUAUGGCUAUAACGUACCCUGGUAUUGUCCUGUACUACGGUAUGGCUGUAAUAUACCUUGGUACUCUCCUGUACUACGCUAUGGCUGUAACAUACCCUGGUACUCUCCUGUACUACGCUAUGGCUGUAACGUACCCUGGUACUCUCCCGUACUACGCCAUGGCUGUAACAUACCCGGGUACUCUCCCGUACUACGCUAUGGCUGUAACAUACCCGGGUACUCUCCCGUACUACGCUAUGGCUGUAAUAUUCACGGGUACUCUCCUAUAUUAUGCUAUAGCUUUAAUAUACCCAGGUACUCUCCUAUAUUAUGCUAUGGCUUUAAUAUACCCUGGUACUCUCCUAUAUUACGCUAUGGCUGUAACAUAUCCUGGUACUCUCCUGCACUACGCUAUGGCUGUAACAUACCCUGGUACUCUCUAACAAGGCUGAAACGAUCGUCUGGGGUUAUGUAUCUCUCGUGCAGAGAGAGCUGGCCUGUAUUUUGGAUAUGUUCUGCCCUUUUGGGUUGAAUCAGUCUGAGAUGCGUGUCCUGGUUCUCUCUGUAAUAGCACAAGAUGAGCUAAAACCAUCUUGAGAACUGAGCGGGGAUCCACCGAAGGGCAGGCUAAUUGAGCUGUUCCUCAGCACUCUCUUGCGACUUGUUUUUUUGGUACUCUCCUGUACUACGCUAUGGCUGUAACAUAUCUUGGUACUCUCCUAUAUUAUGCUAUGGCUGUAACAUACCCUGGUACUCUACUAUAUUAUGCUAUGGCUUUAAUAUACCCUGGCACUCUCCUAUAUUAUGCUAUGGCUGUAAUAUACCCUGGUACUCUCCUGUACUACAGUGUGGCUGUAACAUACCCUGGUAAUCUCCUGUACUAUGGUGUGGCUGUAACAUACCCUGGUACUCUCCUGUACCAUGGUGUGGCUGUAACAUACCCUGGUACUCUCCUGUACCAUGCUGUGGCUGUAACAUACCCUGGUACUCUCCUGUACUACGCUAUGGCUCUAACAUACCUUGGUACUCCUGCACUACGCUAUGACUGUAACAUACCCGGGUACUCUCCUGUACUACGCUAUGGCUGUAACAUACCCUGGUACUCUCCUGUACUACGCUAUGACUGUAACAUGCCCGGGUACUCUCCUGUACUACGCUAUGGCUGUAACAUACCCUGGUACUCUCCUGUAAUAUGCUUUGACUGUAACAUACCCGGGUACUCUCCUGUACUACGCUAUGGCUGUAACAUACCCAGGUACUCUCCUGUACUACGCUAUGACUGUAACAUACCCGGGUACUCUCCUGUACUACGCUAUGGCUGUAACAUACCCGGGUACUCUCCUGUACUACGCUAUGACUGUAACAUACCCGGGUACUCUCCUGUACUACGCUAUGGCUGUAACAUACCUUGGUACUCUCCUGUACUACGCUAUGGCUGUAACAUUCCCGGGUACUCUCCUGUACUACGCUAUGGCUGUAACAUACCCGGGUACUCUCCUGUACUACGCUAUGGCUGUAACAUACCCGGGUACUCUCCUGUACUACGCUAUGACUGUACUAUACCCGGGUACUCUCCUGUACUACGCUAUGACUGUAACAUACCCUGGUACUCUCCUGCACUACGCUAUGACUGUAACAUACCCGGGUACUCUCCUGUACUACGCUAUGACUGUAACAUACCCGGGUACUCUCCUGUACUACGCUAUGACUGUAACAUACCCGGGUACUCUCCUGUGGUACUCUCUUGCACUACGCUAUGACUGUAACAUACCCGGGUACUCUCCUGUACUACGCUAUGGCUGUAACAUACCGGUACUCUCCUGUACUACGCUAUGACUGUAACAUACCCUGGUACUCUCCUGUACUACGCUAUGGCUGUAACAUACCCGGGUACUCUCCUGUACUACGCUAUGACUGUAACAUACCCGGGUACUCUCGGCUAUGGCUAACUACUCUCCUGUACUACGCUAUGACUGUACUACAUACCCGGGUACUCUCCUGUACUACGCUAUGACUGUAACAUACCCGGGUACUCUCCUGUACUACGCUAUGGCUGUAACAUACCCUGGUACUCUCCUGCACUACGCUAUGACUGUAACAUACCCGGGUACUCUCCUGUACUACGCUAUGACUGUAACAUACCCGGGUACUCUCCUGUACUACGCUAUGACUGUAACAUACCCGGGUACUCUCCUGUACUACGCUAUGACUGUAACAUACCCGGGUACUCUCCUGUACUACGCUAUAACUGUAAUAUACCCGGGUACUCUCCUUUAUGGCUGUAACAUACCCUGAUAUACCCGGAGGUUGUGGCUCUUGUGAAUGUCCUGCAGUAAUAGUUUGUGGUGAAUCCCGUGGUCCUAAUACUGACUGAUCUGUAUUUCUCUUUGUUUUCAGAUUACUGUCAUAUGGAAAAAUGAGGAUUUGAUUCCAUUGAUGUCAUCAGCCUUUAAAUAGAACCAAAUUGCAGCAGAAAGGAAGCAAAACGCAAUAAAAGUGGUUUAUCUAACUGCCCUGUGCUUUCAAUUAGUGAAUCGUCUUUCCUCACAGAAGCCAUGUAACAAGCCAGUAUUUUAUAUAAAUUGAUCAAAAGACUGAAAUAAAAUGGAAGUGAUGAGUGGUUAUUUAUUAACAUUAUAUAUAUAUGGAGAAUGUACCUUUUAUUAUGGCACUAUAUCACCACAAAGGAUUAUUCCAAAAUAUUCCUGGUUUUCUAUACAGGGGGCUUGAUUGAGCUGCUGGUAUCAGGUCUACUGUUGGCACGCAUGGCGUGUUUAAAUGACCAUGGUAAUGGAAGUAAAUGGGCUCACAACCCUCAUAACGCAAAAAUAAAUUCUGGCUGUUUUGGUACUGCAACACCUAUGAUGCUCUGUCAUUUUUAAGGCCAGCAAAGCAUCAUGGGAGUUGUAAUUUCCCAAUAUAUGGGGCUUCACAA